AUGAAAAAAUUAGAUGGAUACAGCUUAAUGAUUGUCUCAAAGUAUUUUACAUCAAUCAAAGACUUUAUCAAUGUCAUACUUGUAUGUAAAAAAUAUAAAGACACACUUGAUAAGUUUCAUUUUAACCCGAUUCCAUUGAAUGUCAGAACAAGGUAUUUCUUCCCAAAAAUUGAAACAUUGGUCAUUUAUACAACAAAAGAUUACUGUUUUAACGAAGAAAAGUUCUUCAAAAAGGUUGUAUUGUAUCCCGUCAAUUACGAAGAUACUCAAAAUUCGGAUGACAAUGUAGAGUACAAAAAAGUAAAUUAUUCUAAAAAGGAUAGAAACUUGUUUGGUAAUGUGGUACCACUGACAAUAAAAUCCAUUGCAAAUAACUGUUUUUAUCACAACGAAUUUCUCAAAAGUGUUAAUAUACCAAAUGGAGUCACUUCAAUUGGAGAAAUGUGUUUUGACAAUUGUUUAUCAUUACAAAGUGUUUCACUUCCUUCAACACUCCUUUCAAUUGGCAAUUAUUGUUUUCUCAACUGUUGUAAACUAUCAGAAAUCAAACUUCCAAUGUUACUUAAGCAAUUGAAUGACUCCUGUUUUGUCCAUUGUGUUUCUCUAACUCAAAUUGAAAUUCCAAAGAACGUCCUUUCGAUAGGCAAAUUUUGUUUUUUGGGAUGCAAGUCCCUCGAAAAAGUAAUUAUACACAAGGGACUUGUGUUGAUCAAUCAAAAAUGCUUCUCUGGUUGCAUUUCAUUGAAAACAAUUACAAUCCCAUCAACAGUAACAACAAUAGAAGAAUGUACUUUCUUUGGAUGUUCAUCUCUUGAAACAAUUGACCUUCCAGCUGUCAAAAAGAUUGAAGAUGAAAGCUUCUUUAGAUGUUCAAAAUUAUCAAAAAUCAACUUUUCUAAGAAACUUCCAAAAUUUGGAAAUUCAUGUUUCUUCGACUCGUUGUUAAACCAAAAAACAUUGAAAAUACCUUCCAACGCAUUUCUGAAACCGGCAUGGUUGUCUUUUAUUGAAGAAAACAACUUUGUUCAUUAUUGGUGA